AUGCUACGCUCUCAAUUUCCACCACAUUCGACGAUACCUGGGAUAGAAAAUAUUAACAUCGAGGAUGAUGAGGAGGAUGACAAAGAAAUGAAUGCCUCUCGUAAUAGAGCUAAGGUGAUGUGGUCAACCGUCGAGGAGAAGUGUCUUGCAAGAGCUUGGGGAACUAUUACCAAUGACCCAAAAGUUGGUAAUGCACAAAAGAAUAAGCAUUUUUGGCAACGUACCUCCACGUACUAUAAUGAUAAUCAGCCUACGGGUAUGACAACAAGAGAAUGGACAUCGAUAAAGUCACAUUACUAUCGAGUUAUGCCUGAUAUUGGUAAGUUCUCAGGAUGGUACAAUAAUUUCUUCAACAAUCGGGCUAGUGGUGAAAGUGACGCUGAUGUUUUAGCCGCUACACAUGAUAUGUGGAAAAAGGUACACAAGAAUAAGGCUUUCAAGUAUGAACAUGUAUGGAAGAUUAUAACAGAGUGCGAGAAAAGGGCUCCCCAAUCUCUUGGUCGUCAUGCUGAUAAGAAGGCGAGGACUUCCAAAUCAGGAGCACAUACUUCUUCAACCAAUCCGGAUACUGAUGGUGACUCUGAAAUUCGCUCACGUCUAAUAGGACAACAGAAGGCGAAAAGAAAGAAUAAAACCAAAGUUAUAGAAGGCGAAUACUUCAACGUGAAAUGA